AUGUUCAAACUAUAUUUGCUUUCAGUAAUACUUUUGCUUUUGGUAGUAGCAGAGGCUCAGUUUCGGCCAGGUGGUCCGUAUCGCUUCCGGCCACCACGACAUGGAGGCGGCCCACCACCUUUUGGAUUUCAGCCACGUCCGUUUCUCCCUGGACCAGGACCUAGACCACCAUGGACAAUACCACCAGGACCACGGCCACCACCAGUGCCACGGCCACCACCAGUGCCACGGCCACCACCGCAACCACAGCCACAACCACAGCUGGAUAAUCUGCGCCUCUGCACUUUCACGCAGCUGGCACAAAAUAAGUGUCUCUAUAUGCUGCAGGCGGCUGCCAACGCUUCCAUUGAUCUCAAGUUGCAGUGCGUACAAAAUAGUUCCUUCGCCGCUUGCCUAAGUGCGAUCCAAACGUCUGCGGCUGACUUGGUAGUGGCCGAGGAUCAUGAGUACAAGGCAGCACGUGCCGCCAAUCUAGCAACGGUACUGUAUGCGCAUGAGAACUUAACCGACUACUAUGUGGCCGUGGCGCCUAGCAACAUUACACUGGUCGAACUGCAAGAGGCGGCUAUAGAUGUCAACGUGUCGAAUCAUCGCGCCUUCGAUGCCGCCGCUUUCUUCAAUCUCCAACGUGGUCAUGACAUAUGUCGGCAGUCCGCCAGUGACACUGUUACCAUUCAGAUUGUGAAUACGGCGGAAUACAAUGCCACCGGAGAUGAGUUGCUGAUUUGCGCCAAUCGCUCGGUGGCCGAGUGGAGUGAUUACAGCACGUGCAACUUCGAAGCGAGUUUGGAGCGCGCAGUUUUCGCUGCUAAGCCUUUGGCGGCCAAUGCUGGCUUCAGGUGUCUCGUGCAAAGCACUUUCGAAAAAAUUCUAAACAGUUUCGGUCCGGCAAGCACUAUCUGGAAUUUCUUUGCCGAUUUCCAAAAUACAACCGAUGUUAUCUUCAAGAAUAACACCAUUGGAUUUUCGCAAAGUCCCAUCAUCAGAAAUGGCGUCACUGAGCAAAUAUUUAACCAACUGCAUUGCAAUAAUGUAACACGAUCUUAGCGAACUGGAAUGAGUUAAUGAAAGUCUUGAAUAUACGAACUUACAUAUAGUAUAUACAUAUAUUCCCGAAAUCAAAAAUAAAUAUGCAUACAUAUAAAAAAAAAAAUGUU